UAUGUGUCAUCAAAUGGCGAUGAAGAAGGAAGCCAAUGACAAAUCGAAGGCCGCCGAACUUCGAAGAGCACAAAUCGGUGUUGGCGUACCAAUUGUCUGGAUUUUGGGUGGUCCCGGUUGCGGCAAAGGCACACAAUGCGCCAAAAUUGUAGAAAAGUAUGGAUUCACACACUUGAGCUCCGGUGAUUUACUGCGCGCAGAGGUGGCCUCUGGCUCCGAUAAGGGUCGUGAAUUGGCAGCUAUCAUGAAAGAGGGAAAAUUGGUGCCAAACGAAGCUGUCUUGUGCCUGCUAGCCAAAGCCAUUGCCGAUCACAAGUGCGAUUCGAAGGGCUUUCUAAUUGAUGGUUACCCACGCGAAAAGGAUCAAGGCGCAGCUUUUGAACGUCAAAUUGCACCAGCGGAUCUGAUUAUCUACUUUGAUUGUUCGGAUGAAGUUAUGGUCCAACGUAUAAUGGGACGUGCAGCUGCUUCCACAGAAGUACGUGCCGAUGACAAUGAGGAAACCAUUAAGACUCGUCUAGCCACCUUCAGAACAAACACAAAUGCCAUUCUAACCCAAUACAUCGAGAAGACGAUAACGCUCAACGCCGAACGUUCCGCCGAUGAUAUUUUCGUGGAUGUGCAGCGCGCUCUGGAUUGUUUGAUACAGAAGAAGGCUCAGGCGGUUGCAUGUGCCUAAUUAAUGACUCACCAACAACUAUAAAUACACACACGCACAUGCAUACAUACAAAUGUAUGUGCAUAAAUUAUUUAUUCUUUAAUUAAUUUACGUGAAUGCACGUAGGUAUAGAUAUUAUAGCACAAUUCAAACACGCAUACCUGUCUACAAAUGAUAAUAGCUAAUAAAAAAAAAGCCAAAGAAAAACAAAAAUAUACAGCAUACCUUCAAGCUACUUAAACACCUUAAAUGAUAUACGGCCAAGAGUGGCAAGAAACAUCGCUGAAGCAUAUAUAAUUCCCAUACUUUGAGCGUUUGAGUAAGCAGCUAGCAUUGCAUUGAAUCAUAAGCGUGCAGAAAAAUAAUAUAAUAUUGUAGUACAACAAUAAGAGCUCUCUAAGGGAAAUACACAUGUGCUUUAAUUAAAAAUUAUAAUGUACUUUAUUUACUUAAUUCAAUACACCAAAGAAAUUACAAAUUGUUACAAACAAAAGCAAUUGUCGCAAUAAAAACUUAAAACUAAUGAUUUUCA